UUGUCCCUCAAUCAACGGUAUUCUCUCAGCACCUUUCCUAUCAGCUGGGAAGAAACAGGACCUGGACUUUUUUUUUUUUUUUUUCCUAGAGAUAUAAUCAACUGUCUUUCCUAUUCCUGGUUGGGAAUUUAUAUGUUUAAGAGGGGGCUUUCCACCAACAACUCUUCACACUCAAGGCUGAAUGUCAACACUACACUAACUCUGAAUGAAAUACCCCUUCUUCGGCUGAGAGAAACCACCAAGGAGAGGAAUCCCUUGUCUCAUUUGUGUGAGCCACAGGCUACUACCUAGAGCUCUAACGGUCCAUCAUCUACACGUCCAAACAAGAAGUAGCAAGCUAGUUGUGUUUUGUUUUGCCGUGAUGGAGCUUCAGAAGAUGACUAACGGACACCACUGCAGUGACCUGAGCCCUGAGAAGAUCAUUCUGGAGGACGGGUUUGAAGCAGCUGAAGAACGCGAGGAGUUCCUACCUCAUGGGACAGAGGGAGGGAAGAAGGUGGUUCAGUUCACAGAUUUUGAGGGGAAAACGUCGUUUGGGAUGUCUGUCUUUAACCUCAGCAACGCCAUUAUGGGCAGUGGGAUCCUGGGUCUGGCUUAUGCCAUGGCCAACACAGGGAUAGUCCUUUUCAUAAUCCUGUUGACGUGUAUUGCUGUUUUAUCCGCUUACUCAAUUCAUCUUCUUCUGAGAAGUGCUGGCGUAGUUGGAAUACGGGCUUAUGAACAGUUGGGGAACCGAGCCUUUGGAACCCCGGGAAAAGUGGUGGCAGCUUUAAUCAUAACUAUGCAUAACAUUGGAGCCAUGUCCAGCUACUUAUUUAUUGUAAAGUCGGAGCUACCUCUGGUUAUUCAAGCAUUUGUAGGAAAAGAAAACACAGGCGAGUGGUACAUGAAUGGCAACUACCUCAUCAUCAUUGUCAGCAUUGUGGUCAUUCUCCCCCUCGCUCUCAUGAGGCAGAUUGGUUACCUUGGAUACACCAGUGGCUUUUCUUUGUCCUGCAUGAUGUUUUUCCUCAUUUCUGUGAUCUACAAGAAGUUUGCCUCUGAAUGUCCAUUGGACAGUCACAGUCACAACAUCACAGUCACAGAAGCUUCCAUGGGCAUGGAGUUUACAACACACUCAGUGCUCCCCACAGCAGUCCCCACAGCAGGGCUUAUGUUGACAACAGGAGGCCCCACAGAAUUUACGACAGUCACUGACAGCUUGACAACCUUACUGCCUACUGAUGUGCAGAACUUGAUGGAAAAUGCCACAGAGAGCCUGUACGAGUUGAUUAAUGCAACAUUUACAACAAUGAGUUCAACUGAUGGACACAUGGAAACAACCUCUGACCUCACCACCCCUAUCAUCGCAACCACAUUGGGCGAUCUUCAGUCCCUGUCAACAAGUGUGGCGGAUGGUGAACUUCCUAUGCGUCUGAUCUCCGACCAUGAGCAUAGUGUGGCUGACGAAACCUGUCUGGCUAAAAUGCUCACCAUCAAUCUUCAGACAGCCUACGCCAUCCCUAUCCUGGCUUUUGCUUUUGUGUGCCAUCCGGAGGUCCUCCCCAUCUACACAGAGCUGCGCGAGCCAACCAAGAAUCGCAUGCAGGGUGUUGCUAACAUUUCAAUAGCAGCCAUGUUCCUCAUGUACCUGCUUACUGCUCUCUUUGGUUACCUCACCUUUUACGACCAUGUGGAAUCUGAGCUUCUGCACGCCUACAGUAAGACUGACACUCUGAUCCUCUGUGUGCGCUUGGCUGUGCUGAUGGCAGUGACCCUCACUGUCCCUGUCGUCCUUUUCCCAAUCCGCAGAGCCCUGCAGCAGCUGUUGUUUCCAGAUAAGCCUUUCCAGUGGGCCCGACACAUCAUCAUAGCCCUAUGUGUGCUAAUUGUUGUCAACAUCCUGGUCAUCUUCGUGCCCAACAUCCGAGACAUCUUUGGUUUCAUUGGAGCCACCUCUGCUCCCAGUCUCAUCUUUAUCCUACCUGGAAUAUUCUAUCUGCGCAUCAUUCCCGAGGAACAGGAACCAAUGAAAUCCAAAUCAAAGAUGGGGGCAGCUGCAUUUGCGGCUCUCGGGUUCAUCUUCAUGGUCAUGAGCAUAUCCUUCAUCAUCCUCGACUGGGUGUCAGGAGAGAAGCGAAGUGGAGGAGGGCACUAACCACACAGUCAGCAGCAACACCUGUCAAUCAGGAAAUACUCCUACAUACCACCCCCCACCCCCUCAUCUGCUCAAUCACCCUCAGGGCUCCUUGAGAGAGUCAGACAGGAGGCGGAGCACAACAGCCAUGGCCAAGAUUGGACCAAGUAACAAAACAGGCUUCACCGAUACCGGCAAAAAGCUGUCAAACUAACCUAACUAAAUUUUCUGGUGGUAGACAUGUCCUACAAUACCAAAAACUGUGAAAGUGUGUGUGUGGCAGGGGGCAGGUAUGCUCUCCAUGGCAACAUGCCAUGCAGUAUUAAACACUGACUUGCUUUGUAGGAUGUGAAGUUCCCAAGUGAAGACAGCAAUGCAACAACCAAAAAGCUUUCAAACUCGAAUGGCAAGCUUUCACACACUAGAUAGAUUUGUCACAAUGGAUUGUUUUAUGUGUCUAUCUAUAUAAAGAACUUGUGUGGUGGACAUAGAGUGUGAUCAUGGGAAGCUAAAGGGAUCAUUUGUCUUACAAUUAGCAACCCAGCAAGUUUAUUUAUUAGUGUAGCAAGAGGUCUCCUUCAUUGCCAAAAACAGACAGUAGGCUUCACCUCAGAGUUCUUCUAUCCUACCUCCCCUCCUUAAAUAGUUCCUUCACAUAGGAAAAUGUAAGGAGAAGAAGAGAGACUGUCAUCAGAAGGAACAAAAAAAAACAGACUCAUCAUGACAAUUCAAGUGAAUGAAAACUGUGCUGGACAGGUCAAAUUAGUAGAUCGAUUUAAAAUGCUGUAUUUAAGAGACUUUUCUUGCCAUUCAACCUUUUGGGAAGUAUUAAUAUGUUUACCUAAUUUGUCAAAUUAUUCAGGAAGGUACAGAGUUUUUAUUUAACUCUGUAACUUCAGGUUAAAUAAAGAGCUGACUGUAAUAUGUAUUCAACCGAAGCUUUCCCAUGGGUAAAAAAGUUGUAUGAUGUAUCUAUAGGCCAUUUUGAUAGCCCCUGCCACUCUUUUUGUAUCUCAGAAAAUGAAUAUACAGUACUCACAAAAAGUUAAGGAUGUCUGGCUUUCAGGUGAAAUGUAAUGUUUCAGUAUAGAAAGUACUGAAACAUUGAACUGUUGGACAUGCACAAAAGUUUAGAGAAGGUCACAUUAACUUCACCUAUAAAGGUUUUGUGGAUUUUAGGUUCAUCCUGAAAUUUCACCCGAAAUCCGAAUAUCCCUAACUUUUUGUGAGUAGUGUAUAAUAUGAUGUUGAAUAAUUUUGAAUAAUUUCAUCCUAAUGUUGUACAUACUGUAUAUAUCCCAAUAAUAUCUUAGACUAGAUUGUUUUUAUUAAAUCCAUCCGUUCCAGAAGUAGAGUAAGAGCCUAUACUUAACACAUGCCAUGACUGACAGUGGUCAAUCAGUAGAAACUUGGCAGUUGUGACACUGCACUGUGAAAACUUUCACUGUCAGUGUUGCUAUAUCACACUAAACCACAGGGAGGAGCUAUUUGUAUCUUAUCUAUAUUUCUGCCAGUAUUUCUUUUGUAUGACCAGGUGGGGUGAAUAUUUGUUGAGUUCUUGUGUUAAAGUGUGUUAAAUUAAAGAAGCCCUAUGCAACAAUUUUAGCAAAAAUUACCUUAAUUAUGCAGGUUGAGAGUCGUUCUGAUGGUUCUACAACACUUUUGGGUCGUUUGGUGGGUGCUUCGUCUCCCCCUAAUGCUUCUUCGCGGAAAAACCGAAUAUGCAACUUUCUGGUCACGGACCGAAGAAAUCCGGAUGUUACUCAGCGGAAGGCCUCGAAAAUCUAGUCAGAUUGUAGUUUCUAAGAAGACUGCAAAACGGACUCCGACUUGGCUUUGUUGCUGUUGAAAUUGUAAGUAGCCUACCCUUGGGUGAACUUCGUUUUUGUAAUGUGGUUUGAUAGUCUC